CAAACUUUUACAGGGAUCCAGGCAUUGGUCAGUUACUGUCAAUACCUGCAAGAAUUAUCGCUCUCUUAUUCAUUGCUUAGCGACGAGUUGCUACUAGCCCUGAGCUCCGAAAAACAAGUGCAAUUGGAAACCUUACGAUUGGAAGUGCAUCCAGAUACGAAACCGUUUCCGCGUGUCAGCGACAAGGCUUGGUUUACGUUUUCCAGUCAUUUGCCGAACAUAAAUCUUGUGCUAUUGUCUUAUAUGACAAAUGAAGACGAUCAAAGUCUGCUGUUCGCGCCGUACGUUCCUGUGACGCACUUGUAUUUCGGAGAAGCACCAUCGGAAGCGACUAUGUUAUGCGUCGGAUGCCAGUGCCCGCGGCUGGUCGAGCUGGUGAUCGCAGCCUAUGGACCCGGUCCGAUCGAUCGUGCGUUACUCUCUAUCGUUCAAGGAUGCCCACGUUUAAGCGCUCUCGGUUUGGGUGAUUGCGAAAUCACUUGCUCGGGAUUGUUGGAAUUUGUUACGCUGUGCGCGAAACGUUUGCGAAUACUUUACGUCUGGGAGACGUCGCUAAUAGAGGAUUCCGAACUCGAUGUCACGAAAGUGUCGAAGAACGUGUCGUUGCUUCUUGGUCGUACGUGGGUACCUGAAUACAUACCGCUUUGUUGAGACUCUUUAACAAUAAUCAAAGCAAUUUACUACUACGCGAAUUAAAUGACAAUACACGUAGUUCUGCGCAUAGACCAGAAAUGUGCAUAAGUGAUA